AUGAAAGCAGAAGCGUGGGUGUUGGGUAUAGAAAAGCUAUUUGAGGUUUUUCCUUGUACUGAAGUCCAAAAAGUACAACUUGCUGCCUUUACCCUUGAAGGCGAGGCACGGAGGUGGUGGAUGCUUACCAGAAAUGUACAUCCAAGAUUAAUGUGGGAUAGAUUCUUGGAGCUGUUCUAUGACAAGUAUUUUCCCCAAAGUAUGCGGGAUAAGAAGGUGACUGAAUUUGAGACCUUGAGACAGGGAAACAAGACUAUUGCAGAGUACGAGGCUCAAUUUGUCGAAUUGGCCCGUUUCACACCGCACAUGGUGGAUAUGGACUACAAGAAAGCAAGGAAGUUUGAGGGAGGGUUACGGACUGCUAUUCUUGACCAAAUCAAUGUGCUAAAGCUACGCAUAUAUGUUGACGUGUUGGAGAGGGUAGUGAUUGCUGAAUGA